CUCAAGCGCAAGUGAGGAAAGCGUCUUUCGUUCUUAUUGCAGAAGAGAUCCUUUGCGUAAACAUCUAUAGAUCACAACGGACUACGAAGUAACGCGGUGUUGAAAAAAAAGAAAAUUAUCAGAAUGAGCAACGGUACGGAGACUGGGUUGAAAUCCAACGAGGAGAUUAUAGAGGAGCUCACGAAAGACCUGGAAAGUUCGUGUCUACAAGCAGACGAGAACUGCACGUCGACCGAGCCAACGAGUGCGAAGUCGGACGCCAGCAAUGGCGAUGCGCCGACUGAAGUUGGUGCGCACGUGGAAGAGACGAACGUCAAGAACGAAGACAGCUGUAAAUCCCAAGCUCAACCGAGCGAAUCUGCAGAUUCGCCGAUAGAUUUCGUCGACGAGGAGUUACUGAAAGACCGUGAAAUCGGUCUUACCGAAGAUGAGAAAGAAUCCCUCAAAAACGAAGCGGAGAAGUUGAAAAACGAGGGAAACGAACUCUUUAAAAACGAAGAAUAUUUGGAGGCAAUACUGACAUACACAAAGGCAUUGCAGGCAUGUCCAUUGGCUUACAGCAACGAUAGAGCUGUGCUCUAUGCGAACAGAGGAGCAGCCAAGGCUAAAUAUAUGGACAAGGAAUCGGCGAUAGCAGAUUGUACCAAAGCCCUAGAAUUGAAUCCGACCUACGAGAAAGCUAUGAUCAGGAGAGGACAAUUGUACAAGGAGACGGAUAAGCUGGACGACGCCUUGAGGGAAUACAAACAAUUGAAUAGUUUGCAUCCUGAGAACGCGGAGUGGGAAAACGAGGUUCGCCAAUUGACGCAGCUGGUGGAGGAACGAAACGCGAAACUAAAGGCAGAAAUGCUGGGCAAAUUGAAAGACUUUGGGAACAUGGUCUUGAAACCUUUCGGUCUUUCCACGAAUAAUUUCGAGCUGCAGAAAGACCCGAACAGCGACAGUUAUUCCGUCAAAUUCAAUAGAAACGCUAGUUAAUACAGCGACGUUUCCCGAGUUUGAGAUUUCUAUAAGUCGCACAUUAUUUAUAAAUAUUUAAUGUGUAAACUUUAUUCAAACGCUGUGCUUCUUCUCGCAAUAAACUCGUCAAACGUUCGAAGACUUA